AUGGAGCACCUUCCUGUUGAAGUGAUUGGGAACAUAUUGUCUCUUCUUGGUUCUGCCCGGGAUGUUGUGGUUGCUUCUGCAACUUGCAAGAAAUGGAGGGAAGCACGGCGCAGUCACCUCCAGAGUCUUUCAUUCAAUAUCUGUGAUUGUCGUCUCUAUCAUGACUAUACCUCUUCUAGGUUGGAAAUAAUCAUCACUCAGACGAUUUUUCAAACCAAGGCACUGCAGUUUUUGACCAUCUUCAUGGAUGAUGAGCGUGAAUUCUCUGCUGCCCCCGUCAUUGCUUGGUUUAUGUAUACUAGGGAUUCCUUGCGCGGAUUGCACUACAAUGUGAGGACUACCCCUAGUUUCAACAUCAUUGAGAAAUGCAGCAGACAUAGAUUGGAGGUGUUGACAUUGACUCGCAAUUCCAUCAUGGGUGUUGAGCCAGGUUAUUUGAAGUUUCCUUGCUUGAAGUCGCUUUCGUUGAGUUUCAUUAGCAUCUCGGCAUUGGAUUUGAUCCUUUUGUUGUCUUCUUGUCCAAAGCUUGAAACCUUUGCUAUGGUUAGUCCAGAGAUUGCAAUGUCAGAUUCUCAGGUUUCUUUGGAGCUUACCAGUCCUUCUUUGAGGAAUUUCUACCUUGAAUUGUUUAGUUGGGAUAAGUUUAUAGUCGAGGUAGAUUUGCUUGAGAAACUUCAUUUGAAAGAUUGUACCUUUGAGGUUUUUGAGCUGGUUGGAAAGGGGACACUCAAAGCGUUGAAAAUUGAUGAUGUGAGUAUUAUCCAUUUUGAUAUUGGGGAUGCUACAGAGAACCUUGAGAUUAUAGAUGUCUGUAACUUCACAAUCAUGUGGCCAAAAUUUUACCAUAUGAUCUCAAAAGCAUCAAAGUUAUAUAAGCUUCGGCUGUGGGGUGUUGUUUUUGAUGAUGAGGAUGAGGUUGUUGAUAUAGAGACUAUUUCUGUUUGUUUUCCUCAAUUGAAGCAGUUGUCGUUAAGUUAUGAUUUAAGAGAUGGAAUGUUUCAUUAUAGCUUGCAGGGUUUGUCUUGUUUGAUGAAUGUGGUGGUGUUAGAACUUGGAUGGACUGUAAUCAGUGAUCUUUUCUCAGUAUGGGUGGCUGGACUUUUGGAAGGAUGUCCCAGGUUGAAAAAAUUGGUCAUUUAUGGUUAUGUUUCAGAGGUAAAAACACAUGAAGAGUGUCAAAUUCUCGCCAGAUUCUCUGAAUUCAUUAUUCAACUUGGAAGAAAAUAUGGACAUGUAAAAUUUGAGUUUGAAUAUGAGUAG